AUGGUUAUUAUUAUUAUUUUUGGUUAGAAAUCAUAGUUUUUCUCAUAGUUUUAGUGACCCUAUGGCCUUCAAAUUUAUUAUUAUGUUUGUUCUGUUUUCAACACUUCACGUCCAAUAUUUGAGCAAAAGACUAUCUUGCACUCUCUUGCAUCUUAGGUAGUUAUCAGAAACAGCUGUUGGUGGAGGCAGGCUGCUUGCAUUACGGUUGUUAUCAAAGUACACCAAGAGUGAAGGCUAAAUCUUCAUAGCUUCAAUGAUGACAUGAUGGAUAAUAAUUAUGCCACUAAGAAAGAGAGAAAGGAGUUGAUAGAGGAAUUUGUAGCCCUCCAAUAUGUUGUUUCAUCCAUUAAUUAUGCAUGUGCUAUGUAUAUAGUGAUUUUACAUGCUCUAUUCAAGAAGAAAGAUUUUGCAUGCUGCAUUCAAGAGGAUGCAAAUGCAACUACAGAAGAAGGAGAACAGUCUCCUGUUGAACAGUUUAGUAUGAACAUGGGUGAUACGGAUUACUCAAUGUCUACUGUAGGUAAUGUUCCCAACCGUGCUGACUCUACUAAAACUGGGAAAAAGCGGGCUCGACAUGCUGAGGGGAUUCUCACUGAACUAUCAGAGAUGGCAAAAAAUCUUGGAUCAUUCAUUGAGAAUACUAAUACUACGAUGGUGGAGAUUGCUCAUAGGAUGGGAUAUUCACAUGACCUAUCUCAACAGAGGAGGUUGGUUAAUGCAGAACUUCUGAAGUUGCCAAUGAGUAAUACCCAAAGAUUGAUGGCAGCAUCUAUGAUAGUGAAAGAUGAAGACAAAGUUGACUUGUUUUUCAGUUUAGAUGAGAAUGACAAGAUGGAGUGGGUUUCUUUGCUAUUGGAGGGUCAUAUUUAAAUGUGACAUCUACUGUAUGAUGGUCUUUUUGUUUCCCACAUGACUUGUAAUAUAUUAUGUGAUGCAUAAAUAUUAUAGGUUAGGUAGUUUCUGCUGCUGCAAUACUUUAUGAUGGUCUUUUUGUUGAGUAAAUGUUGCUCCUAUGUUGGGCUGGUUUUUGUAACUUGGUAGUAGAAAAUCUGCAGUUCAUGUAUUAUUGUUGUUAUGAAGCAGGGCUUGGAAUGUAUGAGGAAAAGGAAAUCAUGAGUUAAAUCGUAAUAGAUUAUUUUUGUAAUAAUGGCUUAGUAGUUUUUUCAGAUGAAGAUCAAAAGCAGCGUAGUAUAUGCUGCAGGACAUUGGAGGGCA